AGAGUGCUCUGAAACGGAGUAGAUGGCCAGAGUGAAUUUACGAACGCACCCCCAGUAGCCAGUACCACUUGGUACGCGGUCUUGCGAACACCCAAUCAGCUAGCGUCAACAACUGACAAGAAACCAAUCGUUGAAUGACUUUAUAAUCUGUGGGCGGUUAUACUCCAUGUUUUGCAGGAAGUUGAACCCUCGCUGUGCAGUAAAAACAACAAUAUACGAAACGUCUAAUUUCAAUAACGUUUAACCUAUUUUUCAUAUUAAUGCGUUGUAAAGGCAAGUCUGAACUUCAUCCAACUUUUGUGUGCAUUGUCUCACGUUGUGUUUCCAGGUAGAUGUAACUUGCUAAACGCUCACAAGUUAGCUGUAGCAGCUAACGUUAGCCACCAUCACGAGACCGUCAAGUCAGUGGUGUCCCAUGCGUGGAGCGCUGUGUUACUAAUAGGGUGUUAUUUGUGUCUACAAAACUUCUCGUUUCUUCAGGUUGAUAGAGUUGGGUGUAACCGAAAGGUUAUUUAACAUGCGUUCUGGGUAACAUGCAUUCGGUGUGCCUUUAGCUUGUCCAUCAUGAAGAAUAAAACAUACAAACUUGUGGUGCACAAGAAAGGCUUUGGAGGCAGUGAUGAUGAGCUGGUGGUGAACCCCAAGGUGUUCCCUCAAGUUUCCCUUGGGGACAUAAUUGAGAUUGCACACCCCACAGAUGAAUACAGCCCUCUCUUGCUGCAAGUGAAGAGUCUCAAAGAAGACCUCCAGAAAGAGACAAUCAGUGUGGACCAGACAGUGGCGCAAGCCUUCAAACUCCGGGCAUACCAGGAUGUCAUUGUAAACAUUGUGGAUCCAAAGGAUGUAACUCUGGACCUCGUAGAGCUCACGUUCAAAGACCAAUACAUUGGAAGGGGAGACAUGUGGCGACUGAAGAAGAGUCUGGUGAGCACCUGUGCUUAUGUGACCCAGAAAGUGGAAUUUGCAGGGAUCAGAGCCCAGGCCAGUGAGUUAUGGGUGAAAGGAGAGAAGGUCACCUGUGGCUACAUCAGUGAAGACACCAGGGUGGUGUUCAGGUCGACCUCUGCCAUGGUGUACAUCUUCAUCCAGAUGAGCUGCGAAAUGUGGGACUUUGAUAUCUACGGGGAUCUCUACUUUGAGAAAGCAGUCAGUGGUUUUUUGUCUGAUCUUUUUGCCAAAUGGAAGGAGAGGUAUUGCAGCCAUGAAGUGACAGUGGUGCUUUUCUCACGCACUUUCUACAACGCUAAAACCUUGGAGGAGUUUCCUGAGAUAUUGAGAGGUUCCAUCAGACAGGACCACGAGGGCCGUUUCUAUGAAGAUUUCUACAGGGUAGUGGCUCAGACUGAGAGACGUGAUGAGUGGACCUCUCUACUGGUCACCAUCAAGAAGCUCUUCAUUCAGUAUCCUGUCUUGGUGCGACUAAAAGAAGCGGUUGGUUUCCCCUCCGGCCAUAACUCUACUGCUGCUCAGGGGAAUUACCUUGAGGCCAUUAACCUGUCUUUCAACGUCUUUGACAAGCACUACAUAAACCGCAACUUUGACCGCACCGGUCAGAUGUCUGUGGUCAUCACCCCGGGGGUGGGCGUGUUUGAAGUGGACCGACUGCUCAUGAUCCUAACCAAGCAGCGCAUGAUUGACAAUGGUAUCGGUGUGGACUUGGUGUGUAUGGGAGAGCAGCCACUUCAUGCAGUGCCUCUAUUUAAGCUGCACAACAGGACAGUGCCUGGAGACUCACGACUGGGGGAUGACUACAACCUGCCCCACUGGAUUAACCACAGCUUUUACACAUCCAAAAGCCAGAACUCCUGCAGCUGCUUCACUCCUCGCAUCAAGCUGGCAGGACGCAAGCUCCAUGCAGAAAAAUUCAAGAACAACAAAGAGCACACUCUUGGGGCUCCGAAGGACGAGAACAGCCUUCCCAUCCAGGUGGACUACGAUGCCCAUGAUGCACAGGUGUUCAGACUCCCCGGGCCGUCCCGAGCCCAGAGGAGCACCAACUUCAGGGUGGUCCGAGAGAGGGAAGUGAGUGGAAGGAGAAGCUGGGGGUCUGCGGAUGUGAGUGGGGUUCUAGGGGGCGGUGUGUCCCCCCCUGUCCGCUCUUGUGGGCCUGACGAGCAGCGGAGCCUGGCCUCUGAUGACAGCCUGGGCAGGGUGUCCAACAUCCUGCUGAUCCCCCGUCUGCCCCCAGCCCAGUACGGAGAGGUCAGCAGCUCCCUGGGCUACACCAGCACCAGAGAGUUGUUGGAGAAGAUGAUGGAAUCUCAGCGGGACUCCAGUGCUCCGGGGAGGUUCACUGUGGGGAGUGCUGAGUCCACCCUCCAUGUGCGCCCAGGGGGCUACACCCCUCAGAGGGCCCUCAUUAACCCCUUCGCCCCCUCACGCAUGCCCAUGAAGCUCACCUCCAACCGCAGGCGCUGGAUGCACACCUUCCCUGUGGGUCCGUCAGGAGAGGCCAUCCAGAUCCACCACCAGACCAGACAGAACAUGGCUGAACUGCAGGGCAGCGAGCAGAGAGACCCCGCCCACACCUCCGCCGAGCUCCUGGAACUGGCCUAUCACGAGGCCACUGGCAGACGGACAGCCUCAGAGAGACGACAGGCAGGAGAAAAUGGGCUGUACUCCAGCGGAGGGAUGGAGGAGUAUACUCAUGGCAGCCCAGCCAGCAGCAACAGCACUGGAACACCGGUAAACCGUGGCUCCUCGUUGGAGGACUUUUCCUCUGGCAGUCCGGAUCCAACCCUGCUGCUGUCUGCCCCCCCGACAGUGCCCAGCUUCUGUUGCACGGUGGGGGUAGACUGGAAAUCUCUGACCACACCCGCCUGUCUGCCUCUCACCACCGACUACUUCCCUGAAUGGCAGACCCUGCAGAACGACUACACUGAGGGCUGCUACGACCUGCUGCCACACACUGAUCUGGAGAGGCGGGAUGAUGAGGCCCCGGUGAUGAGUGCCCCUCAGGUGUUUGAGGAGUUUAUCUGUCAGCGGCUGAUGCAGGGCUACCAGAUCAUCGUCCAACCUAACAAGAGGAAACCCCAGCCUGCUGUGGCCCCGCCCCUCAGCAGUAGUCCACUCUACACCAGAGGGCUGGUCUCUCGGCGCAGGCCAGAAGAGGAGGAGAGUCUGUACUGGCUCAGUAUGGGCCGUACCUUCCAUAAAGUCUGCCUGAAGGAUAAAAUCAUCACUGUUACCCGCUACCUUCCGAAGUACCCGUAUGAGUCGGCCCAGAUCCAAUACACCUACAGUCUGUGUCCCCCUCACUCUGACGCCCACUUCCUGUCCUGCUGGGUGGAGUUUGGUCACGAGAGACUGGAGGAGUACAAGUGGAACUACCUGGACCAGUACAUCUGCUCUGCUGGCUCUGAGGACUUCAGUUUGAUAGACUCUCUGAAGUUCUGGCGGACCCGCUUCCUGCUGCUGCCGGCCGGAGGGGCUAGACGUGUGGCGGACGGGGAGGGGCACUGGGACGUUUACGGGGAGGGAGUUGGCACAGUGGCGGGCAGAGAGGGCAUGACGGGCACCGGGGACUGGGCCCUGCUGGAUGGCUUCAUCCGCUUCCUGGAGGGACUCAACCGCAUCCGCAGACGCCACCGCUCUGACAGGAUCAUCAGGAAAGGACCGGCGAUGAAGGGUUUGCAGGUGACUGGUCCUCUCUCUGCCUACCCUCCGGAGCCUGUAGCACCCCCUCUGGGCAAGAAAGGCACCUCGGCUUUAUCAGCUCUCCUGGAGUUGGAGCAGAACCAAAAGACUCUAGAGGAGCAGCAACAACAGGGGAAACCCUCAGCUGCCACCAGUGAGUCUUCCACUGUCACCAUGACCACUACAUAUGUGGACAGCCCUCGCAAGGAUGCUGCCUUCAUUUUGGAUUUUAUACGUAGCCCUCGCUCCUCCUACAUCUAUCACUCACAGGUUUCUACAGAUCCUGCUGAAGGAGGGGCCACAGACAAAGGUGGUCAGGUAGGGGCUGGGGUGGUGGCGACCGGUGGGGCUGCAGCCCAGGCAACAGGGGAUACAGGACCCAGCUUAGCCACAGAAACCAGUGGACAGUCUGGUACUGGAGCCUUAUGUUUGUCCUCAUCCUCCACCCUGAUGGAAAUACUAGAGGCCAUCAAACACCCCACAACAGGUGUGCAGCUUCUACCUGAGCAGAAGGGCCUGCCCCCUAACUGCUUCAUCAGUGCUGAGAUCGUCCAUUGGCUGGUCAACAACGUAGAGGGUGUGGCCACACAAGGCAUGGCUGUCGACAUCAUGCAGAAGAUGCUGGAUGAGGGCCUGGUUACCCAUGCAUCGGGGGAUGCCAUGAGGACCUUUGUCUAUGGCUUCUACUUCUACAGGAUAGUGGCAGAGAAAGACGGCGAGCGAGGCCCUACAUCCCAGCUGCCCCCUCCUGUGGUACAGGGCUGGUCAACGGCAGCCCUGGAGGACUUUACCCUGUUUCAGAGGAAGUGGUUUGAGGUGGCUUUCGUCCUGGAGGAGCGUCGACCUUGUGACCUCCCGGCCUUCCUUCUGCCCUGGCUGCCCAGCCGGCCCGCCUCCUAUGCAAGUAGGCACAGCUCCUUCAGCCGCAGCUUUGGAGGACGCAGCCAGGCCGCAGCACUGCUAGCUGCCACUGUACCAGAGCAGAAGACAGUCACCUUGGAUGUGGACGUUAACAAUCGUAGCGACCGCACCGAGUGGUGCAGCUGCUAUUACCAUGGCAACUUCUCCCUCAACGCUGCCUUCGAGGUCAAGCUGCACUGGAUGGCCGUCACUGCAGCUGUUCUCUUUGAGAUGGUCCAAGGCUGGCACAGAAAGGCUGCCUCCUGUGGGUUCCUGUUGGUGCCCGUCCUGGAGGUGCCCUUUGCCCUACCCUCCUACCUAUAUGGUGACCCGCUGCGGGCCCAGCUCUUCAUCCCUCUCCACGUCCACCGUCUGCUGAGGGACAGCAGCGACAACCUGUUUGAGGGGUUUGAACCAGAGACGUAUUGGGAUAGAAUGCAGCUCUUUCAGGAGGCCAUACUAUACCGAUUCGGUUUUGUCCAAGACAAGUUUUCUGCCUCUGCUUUCAACUUCCCGUCAGAGAACAAACCCCAAUACAUCCAUGUAACAGGCACGGUGUUCCUCCAGCUGCCCUACUCCAAGAGGAAGUACUCUAGUGGGCAGCAGCGGAGGAGGAGGAAUUCAACAGCAUCAGCCAGUCAGGGCCUGUUUGGCUCGGAAGAGCUGGUGGGUUACUACUGGGCCUACAAUACCAUGCUGACCAAGGCUUGGAGGACGGGUGUGCUUGGGGAUGAGAAGCUGGCUGACCGCCUGCUCAGAGACUUCACUGACUUCUGCGCCAACAAAGACAAGAGGCUGGUGAACUUUUGGGACAGCUGCCAGGAGAAAAUGAACGCUAGUGCUCCAUGAAGAUGAGAUGGAGAGGUGAAACUGGGAGAGAUAGACAAAUCUAUUGAAAUGGGAAUGCAUUGGCUGCAGUGUUGAGGUUUUUGUGAAGCAUUCUCCUCAACAACACCUUGUAUAAGUGUGCUAUGUCCCAUCUGUGGCAGGACUUGUGCUUUGCAUCUAGGUCAAGGUGGCAGGUCAAGUGCUAUGACAGUUAAUAUGAAGACUAUGCAUGAGGAGCAGAGACUCUGCUUCCUCUGGUCCUGUUACUAAGCUGCUACUUUUUCUUCACAUCAAGUGAAUAAUAAAAUAACUCAUCUGAACCUGG